AUGGAGGAUGACAAAAGGUGGGCGUUGAUCUCCGAGGUGGGGGGCGACGCCGGCUACCUCGAGGAGCUCGCCGCCGUGCUGGAGCGCCGCUUCCACCUCGUCGGCCACCGGGAGUUCCUCCGGGACCCGGAGCGCCACGGGCCCCGAGUCCAGGUCCUGUUCAACUGGAAGUUCCUGCCGGCGGUCGAGCCCUCGCUGCUGCGGUCGCUGCCCGCCCUCCGAUUGGUCGCCAGCGGAGGAGUGGGCGUCGACCACCUGGACGUGGCGUUCAUCAACGGCCUCGGGGUGAAGGUGGCCAACACGCCCGGCGUGGUCGGCGGCGCCACCGCGGACCUCGCCAUGGGCCUGCUGCUGGCGUCGGCACGCAAGAUCCUGCACGGUCACCAGAUCGCCGUUGACCCGAACACCACCCAACUACCGCAAAGCCUCAUGGGAGUUGAAGUCUCGGGGGCCACGUUGGGGAUCGUUGGAAUGGGAGACGUCGGCUACAAGAUCGCCCAGAGGAGCCUCGGCUUUGAGAUGAAGGUCCUGUACCACAACCGGACCCGGAGGAGUGUAGGUGAUGAGCAGGCGGUUGGCGCUGUGUUCUGCCCCCUGGAGGACCUCCUGAGGAGGGCGGACUUCGUGGUGGUCGCCGUCAAACUGACCGCGGACACGAGGCGUCUGAUUGGCCGCCGGGAGCUGUCACUCAUGAAGCCCACGGCGACGCUGGUGAACGUCAGCCGAGGUCUGGUCGUGGACCAGGAGGCGCUGGUGGCCGCUCUCCAGUCGGGGGGGAUCCGUGCGGCGGCUCUGGACGUGACUCACCCUGAACCUUUACCGAGGGACCACCCGCUGCUGUUCCUGCCCAACGUGCUGAUCACCCCCCACAUCGGGAUCAGUACCCACGCCACCGCCAGGGCCAUCGUGGAGAGGAUGCUGCAGAACGGCGUGGCCGCGGUGGACGGCCGGCCGGUUCCAGAUGAGGUCCGGCUGCCGUGA